UGUCCGUCAAACGCAGGAAGGAGCUGGAGCUCUGCAGGAGGCUGUGCAUCUUCAACCGAGACGUUACCGAGGCCGAGGAGUGGGCGUCUGAGCGGAGGCAGAAGAUGGCGGAGGACGGGAAAGCCGACCUCAGCACUCUUCAGGCCAAGAUGAAGCUUCUCCAGAAACAUCAGGUGUUCGAGGCCGAGAUCCUGGCGCACAGAGAGACCAUCAGCGCCGUGCUGCAGGCCGGAGACGAGCUGGUUUCCCUUCGACACCCCAGGUCCAAGGAGGUGAAGAGGAGCGCCGCCGCCCUGCAGCGCCACUGGGAGGAGCUAAAGGAGGCCCUGGCCACCCGGGGGAAAGAUCUGGAGGACAACAGAGACUUGCUGGAGUUCCUGCAGAAAGUGGAAGAGGUGGAGGCCUGGAUCAGACAUAAGGAGGUGAUGAUCAACGUCGGAGACGUCGGGAAGGAUUACGAACACGGACUUCAGCUGCUGAAGAAACUCGGAGAGUUCAGGGGAACUGGAGAAGGGGACGUGACGGUGGACGACGCUCACAUCACGGCCAUCAACAGCCUGGCGGCGAGACUGGAGACGAGACGGAGCGCCGAUGACCUGGUGACGGUUCGCCGGAGGAGACAGCAGCUCAACGACAGGUGGAGCAGGUUUCACGGAGAUCUGCACAGUUACAGGAGGAAGCUGGAGGGGGCGCUGGUGGUCCACGGUCUGAUCCGGGAGCUGGAGGAGGUCCGAGACCGGGCCAACGAGAAGAUGCUACUGCUGCAGGGUCAGGACUGCGGGUCUGACGUGGACUCCGUGGAGAAUCUGAUGCGACGCCACGAGGAGACAGAGCGAGAGGCCGGCGUCAUCCAGGAGAGGUCAAAGGCCCUGGAGACGGAGGUGUCCCAGCACCUUCAGGCUCGAUCGGUGAUGCACGACCAGCUGAAGAAGAAACAGAAGGAGGUCCAGAAGGUCCUGAAGACCCUGGACACCCAGGUGGAGCUCAG